UUCUGGAGAUGGGCCAGAGUUUGAGGCCACCCAUCCCAAUGCUCAGCCCGGUGGACCACCCCUCCUGAACAUGAACCACUAUGCCAAUAAGAAGAGUGCAGCUGAGAGCAUGCUGGAUUUGGCUCUGCUGAUGGCCAACGCCUCCCAGCUGAAAGCUGUGAUGGAACAGGGGGCAAAAAAUUCCUUUUACACCCCCGUCGUCACCCUAAUUGCCAUCUCUCUUUGUCUGCAAGUCACGGUUGGGAUCCUGUUAAUCUUCACAGUAAGAUGGAACCUCGACGAUGAGCAAAAACACUGGAGGCUCAACUUAAUGGAGAACCUGGCCACUGGCCUGGUUUUUAUUAUUGUGGUUGUCAACAUCUUUAUCACUGCCCUGGGAGUCCAUCAACCAAACCACAGCAGCUGACAACACAUAAAAUUUUCCUGGAUUUAGCAUUAUCUGUCGUCCCAUCAACUCUGACCAGCUACCCAGACCCUCCUGAAGAAAAGGGUCAAGCGGGGAUCCUUGGUGUGCUAAAGGUGAUGUGGGGUGUUAGUUUCCUCCAUAGUUUGCAUUUAGCAUGUAGGCCAGGAAGCUUCAAGUUCAUGCUAAUUUUUACUGUGAAACAGUGUUGUUGUUUUUUUUUUAACCAAAACCUACACACUUUAUUCCUUCUGAGAUCCUUUGUAUUUAAGAUCCUUUUUGUUCUGUUCUACAAUAAAAUUGUGAGCCCUACAAAGCACAGCUGGACUUAUACUGAGAUGACACUGGAUAGAUUGACGUUAUUCAGUUGCUAAAUAACUUCAGGUGGUAAUUGAGUUUCUUUAAGUGUAUCAGCGUAAAGGAGACUAAACAUAAAUAUUUAGAGAAACAAUGUAAAAAACAAAAAAAAGAUGCAUCUUUAUUGUCCUACUGCAUGAUUAUGCACUAUUUUUUUAUGUUUUUAUGUUCUCCAUUACAUGAAAUCCAAAUAAAACACUACAGUUUGUGUGGAAAACGUUUCAAGAGGUAUAAAAUCUUUGGCAGCACUCAUCAUGUGGUGCACCUGACCACAAAAACUGAAUUUACUGUCAGGAAAAAACAGAAAAGAAAAGAUAGCUAGGAACAAACCGAGAACAUAUUUUCUCCCACAGAUCAGAUUUUCAAAUGGGACAACUGGGAUAAAACAAAACAGGGCUACUCCCAUGUUCAAUGACAGCAUUACCUAAUCACAUCCACAUUUGUGAAACACAUGGACACAUUUUAGAUCAAAUUCUAAAGUGUAUGAGGUUUAUGAAACAUCUGUGACGGAUGUUUUGUAAAGGAUUUCCAGCUGUGCAUCAUUUUUCAUACCCCUUUACUUCCUAGUUCUUUAUUCCUAUCUUUCUUUCUUUUUUUCUUCCUUUCUUUUAAUUCUAAUGCAGUUACACUAGAUGGUUUUGAGGAUAUUGAACAGACAGGUACACUUUUAACCUCUCUCUCUGACACGCAUGCAGAGCAUAUUUAAUUUCUAAAACUGACAUUUUUGGGUGAAACUUGUGAUCAAGAAGCAUGAGAAAGAAACUCACACCAAAGUGGCAAACCCUCUCCUACAGUCUCCAAUAAAACCAAAAAGGCUUGAUUCUACAAAUAUAAAGACGCUCUUCAGUUUG